GAUGGUUUUUUUUCAUUCACGUCUCACUCGCUGUCACGAACGCGUCGAAAGAAAAUCGUCUGAAGAAGUGUGGAGAAGUGAAAUGGCGUUGUAAAGUGCAAAUUACUGUGUUCCUACACGAGGCAUCGAUUUUUCUGGUAAAAAGUGAUAGAAUUCCGUUGAUUCCGGUUACAUUCAUCGCGCAAAUGAAAGAACCCAACCUGACCAUGCUUUCGUCUUCCAGCAGUAGUUCCGUUAGCCGGAAGGAACAACGUCUGGAACGCAAAAAGCGGAAAAUCCUCGCCCUGGCCGAGGUAAUGCAGUUGAACGAGCGAGACAGGGCUAGUUCUUCUGCUGGCGUGUCUUCUUGUCUCGCUUCUUCGUUGAAUGAAGAAGGCAGUUCUGUUUUGGAAGUAGAGGUGAAAGGUUCUCAAGAGCUUCAAGAGCCGGAUCAGAAGAAGGCAAAGUUGGAAGACGCAGAUUUCCGAACCCUUAAAGCGGAAGUGAACCAAAAACGUGACAGAAUGCGGAACAUUCCGAAACUCCGUCUGAAGGAAGUGGGAGAGGAAGCCCUGAUGAAGACCAAACCGGAAGAACGAGUUCCCUUGCUGCUGGAUGACAUUCAGGCCUUGUUGAUGUAUACCCUGUUGAGGACGGAUUCCCCCACGAAUCCCAACCGCUGGGCAGCACUGGAAAAAUCCGCUAAACUAACACACACCACGGUUCUCCUAAUCGAGGGCCUCACCUCGGACGAUUUCACCGAAUACGAAUCCGAUUUCAAGGAGUGCAAAAAGAUCUUCCACAACAUCCUGCAGGUGGUGACCCCGAGCGAACGGCUCGUAGAGGAGCUGGCCUGCAUUCCGCUGAGCGACUCACACAAGGACAUCCUGCUGGCCGAGUACGGGUCCCUGGAGGCCGCCAUGUUGGCCUGCAAGGACAAUCUCCUCAUCCGAAAGAGCAUCUUUAACAACAUCGGGCUGGAACAACCAGGGGAAGGCGAAGACAACGGAGGGGAGGAGUACGACGAUGUGGAGCUGCCGCCGGGUGACAAAUUUCCGCGGACGCAGCUGCUCCUGUCGCCGAUCCAGAUGAUCAACGAGGACUAUCCGCUGCCGUUGACGGGAUGUCUCAAGCAUCGAUACGCCGGGUACGUGACCACUAACGACCAUUACGCACCGGUUUCGCCCAAAUCGCCCAUGUUCGGUCUGGAUUGCGAAAUGUGCAAGACCAGCAUUGGCGCAUCGGAACUGACCCGAGUGUCCAUCAUCGACGAAGAGGGCAACGAGUUCUACGAAACGUUGGUCCGACCGGAGAACAAAAUCGUAGACUAUCUGACGCAAUUCUCCGGCAUCACUGCCGAAAUGAUGAAAGACGUGUCGAAAACGUUGAAAGACGUCCAGAAGGAUCUGAGGAACAAGCUUCCCCCGGAUGCGAUCCUGGUCGGUCAGUCUUUGAACUUCGAUUUGAACGCCUUGAAGAUGAUGCACCCGUAUGUGAUAGAUACCAGUAUACUCUUCAACGUAACGGGAACGCCCGGUACGAAGAGCAAACUGAAGGUAUUGUCUCAGAAGUUUUUGAAACGAGACAUCCAGUGUUCCUCCAGGGGUCACAACUCCAUCGAAGAUUGUACGGCGUCGUUAGAGUUGGUGAAACUAAAGCUGUCGAAAAACAUCUACUUCGGUGACCAGUGGCUUCAAGAUCGACGUAACUACCACAAGAGGGUGAAAAGCAAGGUGGGAAUCGCUACGCCAGAGGACAUCCAGCGACUUGGUGAGAACUCCACCACGACCGAGAUCACGGCCACCUUGUUCGGGCAUGCUCGGAAGAAGAACAAGAAAUCCGAGAUCGUCACCAAUGGUGACAAUUUGGAUAACUUUGCAGGAUACUUCGGGGAAGCAAUCAAGGCGAAUGCGGCCGCUAAGAAUUUACUUAGUUUCCAGAAGCUGGACAGCGACAAGGCGGCCAUUGAGCACACGAUGGAGAAGUGUCUCAACUACGACUUCAACCUGUGCUGCCUACAACUGAAGCGGGAUGAUUUGGCCACCGUGGAUGCCAAACGUGCCAAAAUUGAACAGAUCGACGGCUGGGUUCGGAAGCUGUUCACCUCGAUAUCGGUGAAUGGACUGCUGGUGGUGCUGCUGGCAGGCGGCGAAGUGAACGAACGCAGCCGAAUGGCCGUGGCCAUGAUCCAAACCAGGAAGGGUUAGGAGCAACGAGGCUCCUAUUAGAAGAAGUGGAGGACGUGUUCGUUAUUAUUUCUAUGUUGAAUUUUUUUAAGUUUGAUUCGUUAAUCGAAAUAAAAUCAGAGCAAAGUUCUAUCUGCUGUUAAUUCAUAA